AUGGUACUGAACCCCAAGUGUUUGAUUUCCGGCACAGAGGGCUCUGCACCUCGCAGGCUGCCCACCACCCCAGCCAUUCACGAGUUCCCCACAGACCUGUUCUCCAAUACGGAGCGACAGCACGGAGCCGUCCUGCUGCACAUCCUCGGUGCUCUCUACAUGUUCUACGCCCUGGCCAUCGUGUGCGAUGACUUCUUCGUUCCGUCUCUGGAAAAGAUCUGCGAGAAACUCCAUCUGAGUGAAGAUGUGGCUGGAGCCACCUUCAUGGCUGCGGGAAGCUCAACGCCUGAGCUGUUUGCUUCUAUCAUUGGCGUGUUCAUCACCCACGGAGACGUUGGGGUUGGGACCAUCGUGGGCUCUGCCGUGUUCAACAUCCUGUGUAUCAUCGGCGUUUGCGGAUUAUUCGCGGGCCAGGUGGUCCAGCUGACGUGGUGGGCCGUGUGCCGAGACUCCGUGUACUACACCCUGUCUGUCAUCGUGCUCAUCGCCUUCAUAUAUGAUGAAGAAAUUGUGUGGUGGGAAGGCCUGGUGCUCAUCAUCUUGUACGGGUUUUACAUUCUGAUCAUGAAGUACAAUGUGAAGAUACAGGCCUUCUUCACAAUCAAACAAAAGGCCAUUGCCAAUGGCAAUACCGUCAGCAGCGAGCUGGAGGAUGGUAAUGAUUACUGUGGUAGUAGCUCUGAUGACCCUUCCAUGCCAUUGCUGGGGCCAGUGAAGGAGGAGCCACGGUACAGCAAAAGCCCGGUGGUGAUGGUGGACGAGGUCAUGAGCUCCAGCCCGCCCAAGUUCAGCUUCCCCGAGGCGGGCCUGCGCGUCAUGAUCACCAAUAAGUUUGGGCCCAGGACCCGGCUGCGGAUGGCCAGCAGGAUCAUCAUCAACGAGAGGCAGAGACUAAUCAACUCAGCGAACGGUGUGAGCAGAAAGCCACUUCAAAACGGGAGGCAAGAAAACAUCAAAAACGGGAAUGUUCCCAUGGAAAACCCAGAGGACCCCCCGGGGGAGCAGCAGCCCCAGCCCCCACCCCCGCCGCCACCCCCGGAGGCAGAGCCGGUGGAGGCCGCCUUCCUGUCCCCGUUCUCCGUGCCCGAGGCGAGAGGGGACAAAGCCAAGUGGGUGUUCACCUGGCCGCUCAUCUUCCUCCUGGGCGUCACCAUCCCCAACUGCAGCAAGCGCUGGGAGAAGUUCUUCAUGGUCACCUUCCUCACCGCCACGCUCUGGAUCGCCGUCUUCUCCUACCUAAUGGUGUGGCUGGUGACUAUUAUCGGGUACACGUUUGGGAUCCCCGACGUCAUCAUGGGCAUCACUUUCCUGGCGGCAGGCACGAGCGUUCCAGACUGCAUGGCCAGCUUAAUCGUGGCGAGACAAGGCCUUGGCGACAUGGCGGUCUCUAACACCAUAGGGAGCAACGUGUUCGACAUCCUGGUGGGACUCGGCAUACCGUGGGGCCUGCAGACCAUGGUUAUCAAUUACGGAUCUACAGUGAAGAUCAACAGUCGGGGCCUGGUCUACUCCGUGGUGUUGUUGCUGGGCUCCGUGGCGCUCACCGUCCUGGGCAUCCAUCUCAACAAAUGGAGACUGGACUGGAAGCUGGGCGUCUACGUGCUGGUCCUCUACGCCAUCUUCCUAUGCUUCUCCAUCAUGAUCGAGUUUAACGUCUUCACCUUCGUCAACCUGCCGAUGUGCCGAGAAGACGACUAAAGCCGAGCUCUGCCCGCUGGGAGCUGUUCUGGACACCGGCCUAGCGUCCUCCCCUCGCUCCCUCCCCCCACGAGUCCCCUGCGCUGGCAGCCACCGGCUGUCUUUUCUUACACUGGAAGGAAGAGCCAUCAUGGUCUUUGGCCACGGGCCCGGCUGCUGGGCAUCCUCCUCUUCCUGGGAGUCAGUCCUGCCCUCCAGAAGGCGAGAUGCAGGGGCCGCUCUCUGAGCAUCUUCGCAGCCCUGAGCUGCAGUCACAGGAUGUGGCGCGUGUCCCAUCUCUCGCGGACACGUCGGUCAGAAGGACUUCUGGGUGCAGUUUGUCUUUCUGUUUCGCGGCAUCCUGAGAAAUGAGGUGGUCGGUGACGGUGAAGUCUCCUGGGCAAGUGCAAAAUGGGAAUGUUGUCCUCAAGUGUCUUCUCUGGGCCAGAGGGGGGCGUUGCUUAGGCAGCUUUUGCUGCAAAGAGAGGAAGAGCCGCCGACUUCUGCUGGAGCAGGGGCCUCCCCCUGCCGGGGGUGCGGGGCUGUGGUGGCAGACACCCCACCCCUUUUUCUAGACCAAUUGGAAGAAUGGAAACCGUUUUUUCAGGUUUGUUUAUUGUUGUUUUUACAGCAGAAGCGAGAAAACAAGAAUGCAAUAUUCUUCUCCUUGUAUUGAUGCAUUCAGAGAAUGAGCAAUGAAAUAUUAAACAUGAAAUGUCCUACAGACCA